AUGCAUACAAAGAUAGUCGGAGUCCUCUGGGGAUGUUUCUUCCUGUGGAAUCUCUACACUUCAUCCGCCCAGACCAUUUACCCUGGCAUCAAGGCUAGGGCUACUCAGCGGGCUCUGGACUAUGGUGUUCAAGCUGGGAUGGAGAUGAUUGAGCAAAUGCUUAAGGAAAAAAACAUCCCAGACUUAAAGGGUUCUGAAUCUCUGGAAUUUCUGAAGGUUGAUUAUGUGAACUACAAUUUUUCAAACAUAAAAAUCAAUGCCUUUUCAUUUCCAAAUACUUCAUUAGCCUUUGUGCCUGGGGUGGGAAUCAAGGCACUGACUAACCACGGCACCGCCAACAUCAGCACCGACUGGGAGAUCAAGUCUUCACUCUUCCAAGACACAGGAGGAGCUGAUCUGUUUCUCUCUGGGGUCUACUUCACCGGUAUCAUUGUUCUUGCCCGAAAUGACUUUGGUCACCCAAUCCUGAAGCUCCAAGACUGCUAUGCCCAAGUGAACCAUGCCCACGUCUCAUUUUCCGGAGAACUCAGUGUCCUGUACAACUCCUUCGCUGAGCCCAUGGAGAAACCCAUUUUAAAGAACUUGAAUGAAAUGCUGUGUCCCAUUAUCAUGAAUGAGGUGGAAGCCCUGAAUGCCAACCUCAGCACGAUAGAGGUUUUAACCAAGAUAGACAACUAUACUCUCCUGGAUUAUUCCCUAAUCAGUUCUCCAGAAAUUACUGAGAAUUACAUCGACCUGAAUUUGAAGGGCGUCGUCUACCCACUGGAAGACCUCACUGACCCUCCCUUCUCGCCAGUUCCUUUUGUGCUGCCGGAACGCGGUGACUCUAUGUUGUAUGUUGGAAUCUCUGAGUUUUUCUUUAAAUCUGCAUCCUUUGCUUACUUUACAGCUGGAGCCUUCAACGUCACUCUCUCCACGAAAGAGAUUUCCAACCAUUUGGUUCAAAACUCUCAAGGUGUUGGCAAUGUGCUCUCCAGGAUCGCAGAGAUCUACAUCUUGUCCCAGCCCUUCUUGGUACGAGUCAUGGCAACGGAGCCUCCUGUGAUCAGUUUACUACCGGGUAAUUUCACCCUGGACAUCCCUGCCUCCAUCAUGAUCCUCACCCAGUCCAAGAACUCAACUGCUGAAGCCAUCGUUUCCAUGGACUUUGUUGCCAGUACCAGUGUUGGCCUGGUUAUUUUGGGACAAAGACUGGUCUGCUCAUUGUCUCUGAACAGAUUCCGCCUCUCUUUACCAGAGUCCAAUCGCAGCAACAUUGAGGUCUUGAGGUUUGAGAAUAUUCUCUCCUCCAUUCUCCACUUUGGUAUCCUCCCACUGGCCAACGCAAAAUUGCAGCAAGGAUUUCCCCUGCCCAACCCACACAAGAUCUCCUUUGUCAAUUCAGAUAUUGAAGUUUUUGAGGGUUUCCUUUUGAUUUCCACCGACCUGAAGUAUGAAACGUCCUUAAAGCAGCAGCCAAGUUUCCAUGGUUGGGAAGGUCUGAACUUCAUAAAUGGACAGUGGAGGGGGAAGCCAGCUGCUUGA